AUGACCGACUACACCGAUGCCACCGAUACCACCUAUGGUACCACGGGCUAUGGCACCAGGGGCUACGGCACCACCGUUGGCACAUAUGGCACCACCUACGACAACGGCUACGGCACCACCGCCUACGAUCCCACCACUGGAGCGUACGACCAGCACAUGGACUAUCGUACCGAUGGCACGACGAGGCAUCACCGUGAAAGAGUGAAUCCUAGCGGGACAUAUCGACACCGCGAUGUCGACCGCCGUGAUGACGGCACCGUCCGUGUCCAUAGAGAAUAUGACAACCCUAAUACCGGGACCAGCUACCACCGGGACUAUGAGCGGUAG